UUGGCCGGCGUUUGGCUGCUCAUGAUGUUUGUCGUGGCCACCGUCUACCGCUCGAACCUCAUGGCGAUGCUCAUCUCGCCCAAGGUGAAGCUGCCCUUCAACAGUCUCGAGGAACUUGGCCACACCGAUAUCACUGUCUGGGCGCCCACCGGGAGUCUCUUCCACGAUGCCAUGAACGAUGCAGCCCCCGAUACUCCACUAGCUAGCGUUAGAAAGCAGGUCUACCUCUCUAACUUCAGUCCAACCGUGAUGUUGGAUUACUUAUCGGGUAAAUUGGGUAUGACUUCCAUGCGUGGGACGCUGAUUUACUACCUGGAUCUUGGCUUCUCAAAGUACGGAUUUUGCAAGCAUUAUGUGAUGUCAACGGGAUUCUUCAGGACAACUUCACUAAGCCUUGCAUUCCCCAAAAAUUCAACACUUAAACCGAAAGUGGAUAAAAUGUAAGCUUUC